AUGUCAGAGCUCGGGAUUGCGCAAGUACAAAACCAAGAAUCUCAACGUUUUAUGGCACGAAGUACUGCUCGCAUCCGCAUAGAACAACAGCAAAAGGCAAUAAAAGAGGCAGGGGCCAAUGAUAAAGAAAACGAAAAUUGCCGUAAAAAAUUCGAAAGGAGUCCAGACAUCAUUGUUCUCCCAGAAAGUUCCAUGGCACAAAAAUUGAGGAAAAGAAGAGAUUAUAAGAAGUACUUCCUAUAUCUUGAUAUUGAUGCGGAAAGAAUCCGAAAUGAACAUUUGGAAAGAAAUACGUUCAUCCCAUUGGAAAACAUGCCAAAAGAUGAUCAGUUAGAACGGCAAUUUAAAGCAAGAAUUAAACAAGACAGAAUUCUCUCAUACAACUCAUUCGAAAUCCAUAAAUUGUUUACCUAA